AUGAAGAACAAGACUAAUACUGAGGUGCUCAUCAGUAGCAUUCGAUCAGACAAUUCAGGAAGAGGAAAAAAGUUGGAAGAAGUUCUUCCCCAUUUAGAUAAACCUUGGUAUCGUUACAAAAGUUUAGUCACUUUAAAUUUCUUUUUGCUGGCAUGUAUUGUUACCCAACUCACUAUUGGCUAUGAUGGUGGUAUGAUGAACAAUCUCCAGACUUUAUCAUCGUGGCAAGGAUUUUUUAAUUAUCCAGUUGGAGCUCGUUUAGGAACGAUGAACAAUUCAAUUGCUAUUGGCGCUUUGGCAGUCAAUUUACUUAUUAGCCCAAUGGCAGAGUAUAUGGGUCGGAAAUGGCCAAUAAUUAUUGGUUCGGUCUUUUGUAUCGUUGGAGCAGUACUACAGGGAGCUGCGCCGAGCUUUGGCUGUUUUGUAGGUGGAAGAGUACUUAUUGGUGUAGGCACCACGAUAAGUGGUGCUUUAGCUGAAGUCUAUUUGACUGAAUCUGCGUAUCCUACUCAUAGGCCAAUUAUUGUGGGGUUGCUUCAAGCUGGGUAUCCUCUUGGGUCCUUAAUUGGUACCCUUGUUACUUGGGGACCAUAUAAUGCAAGCGGUCUAAAGAACUCUACUUGGUCAUGGAGGAUUCCUUCUUUAUUGCAAGGGUUCUUCCCAUUACUUCAAUUGUUGAUUUUUCUUUUUAGUUGGGAAUCUCCCCGAUAUUUGAUUUCAAAAGGAAAGGUUGAGGUCGCAAGGGCCUUUUUUGUUAAAUAUCAUGGUAAUGGUGAUGCAGAGUCGGAACUAGUUAAUUUUCAGAUGGCAGAAAUUACAGCUUCAAUUGACGCCGAAAAGAAACGAAAUAGAGUGGGCUGGAAGACCUGGAUAAGCACCAAGCCUAUGAUUCAUAGAUUAUGCAUAGUCUGUGGCCUUGCUCCAAUGAUUCAAUUAUGUGGCAACGCAAUUAUUUCUUACUACUUGUCGAUCAUGUUAAAUGAAAUCCAUAUCACUGAUGGCAUCACGAAAUUAAAAAUAAACCUAGGUAUAAGUGCGUGGGGUUUGAUAUGUGACAUAUGUGCAUGUUUUGCAAUGAGAUUCUUCGGGAGAAAAACAAUGUUCAUGUUUGGAUUUGCUUCAAUGUGUGUAUGUUAUGUUAUAUACACCAUUAUAGCUGCUCGGAUUUCAAUAGUUGAUUUCAAAAGUAACUCUUUAGCUGCUGGCGCAAUCGCUAUGAUAUUCUUAUUUCAGGGAUUUUACCACUGUGUUUCUCCCGUUGCAAUUACCUAUUAUACAGAAAUUUCUCCUUUUGCGCUUAGGGGUAAGGCUUCUCAGAUUUAUUCAUUAACGGGAACUGCUAUCGGUUUUUUUAAUGGUUAUGUAAAUCCAAUUGCAUUGGUAAAAAUUUCGUGGAAAUAUUAUAUUGUUUAUGAUAUUUGGUUAGUGUGCAUGUUUUUAAUCGUAUUUUUAUUCUUCCCCGAAACGAAAGGAAAAUCUCUUGAGGAGAUGAACGAAGCAUUUGGUGACCCCAUUAUUGAUGACAAUGCUGUUGAAGAAUACGAGAAAAACUAUCUUUCUAAAGUCGCGACAGAAGAUUGA